AUGCCUAGUGAUAAAGAAGUACAGCAUGUGGAAACACCCAGGAUGGACCGUGUACCGUCUGACUCACCAAAGUCAACGCCUAUUGACACAAUUCAUGGCGAUGAGGCCCUCAAGAUCAUGGCUGCCAGCCACGAUGGCAACGACACCUGGGAUGCUCAUGAAGAAAAGAAACUUGUGAGGAAGAUUGACCUCCGACUUAUGCCUAUCUUAUGCGUCACCUACGGCAUCCAGUACGCCGACAAAGCAAUGUUGGCACAAGCGGCACUAUUUGGUCUGAGAGAAGAUCUUCACCUCAAUAAUGGCAAUCGGUUCGUCUUUUCGUCGGCGAUAUUCUAUCUCGGAUUUAUUGUUGGAGCGUAUCCAGCAAUUAUGAUGGCGCAGCGGUGGCCAAUUGAGCGGGUCGCCGCAUCCAUCACAUUCAUCUGGGGAAUCAUCGUCAUGGGUAGCGCUGCAUGCAAGUCGUACCAGGCCUUCUAUGCACAAAGAUUCUUUUUGGGUCUUAUUGAGGCAGGUGUUGGCCCCAUGUUCAUGCUGGUUGUUGGCGGUUGGUACAAAAAGGACGAACAAGCCUUUAGGAUGGGCGCUUGGUUCUCCUGUACAGGAUACGUAUCCAUCAUCUCGCCUUUGAUCAAUUAUGGUCUCGGUCAUAUCACAGGCGGAUCUCUUAACCCCUGGCAGUAUAUGUACGUCUUUGCUGGCGCGAUGACGACUCUGUGGUCAGUGGUGAUCUUGUUUGUCAUGCCACCAGAUCCAAUUCGUGCCAAAGGCCUCAGCGACCGUGAACGUUACAUCGCAGUUGCGCGCAUGAGAUCCAACAAUGCCGGGGUUCGCAACAAGCAUUUGAAGAAAUCUCAUAUUAUCGACGCGUUGACCGAUAUAAGAUUCGGUCUCGCAUUUUGCAUCGUCUUCUUGAUGUUCUUUGCGAACGGGCCGAACUCGACAAUGUCCGCCAUCAUCGUCAAUAGCUAUGGGUUUUCGACUCUGAACUCACUUCUUCUUGUCACUCCCGCCGGCUUAGUUUCUGGAACUAUCGAAUUGGGAGUCUGUUACCUAGCAUACCGCUUCAAGAAUAUCCGAGUGUAUCUUUUUGUCAUCUGUGUCUGCUUGACCAUGACUUCAUGUCUGCUUCUAUGGCAACUUCCCCGAUCUGCGACUGCGGGUUUACUGGUAGCAAUCACAUUUCUGCCUUCAUUUGGCGGGGCAUACGCCAUCAUGCUCGGUUUGCAAAUUGCAAAUACGGCCGGGUAUACCAAGCGAUCUGUCACUUCCUCGGGGUUAUUCAUGGCCUGGUGCUUUGGGAAUUUCACAGGGCCGCUUCUCUUCAAAAAGGAAGAUGCUCCUGUUUAUGGGCCUGGCUUUCGUGUCGUCGUGGCGGGCUGUGCUUCCGCUGUCGUCCUGAUUAUAGUCUACCGCUUCGUGUGCAUGUGGGAGAACAAAAGAAGAGAUCAUAGUGGGACUGUGGAGGCCUUUGAUAACGCCUACAAUGACGAUUUGACGGACAGAAUGAACAAGCAAUUCAGAUACAUUUUAUGA